GGGACAGACCCAGCAGCACACAGAGCCGACCAUGAAGCUGGUCCUCAUCCCACUGUUCAUCUCCCUUCUGGAUGCGGCAUCGGCUGCGAAGCUCCAGAUCACUCUUCCGACGAGUUUGUCUGUGAGGGAGGGAGAGAAUGUGACUAUUCCCUGCUCCUUCUCCCCAUCGACGUCCAGCCUGGACCACAUCAUCCUCCUGUGGUUCACGAUGCCCAGACACUACGCAGAGAACAUGACCAGAAGAGAGAUGAAGAAGAUCUAUCAAACGCGGGAUGAAAAAGAGGACUUGAGUAUCGUGAAGUCUGUGGGAGACGUGCGGACGGGAGACUGCUCCAUCGGCAUCCCCAACUUCCCCAAGAACCUCGGCCCCGUGGCUCUGUGCCGCAUCGACUGUCGCCGAUGUAACGCGGAGAACACCGUGGUGCAAGGGGAGGUGCUGCUGAACGUGAUGCCUGCAGCCCCACGGUCACACGGUGGGGGCGUGAGUGACGUCACCCUCGCCCCUCUAGAGGAGACCUCGCACAAGGGAGGGGUGGUGGCUGCCUGGGUCCUGGUGCCUCUAGCUGUCAUUGUCAUCAUCAUCAUCGUCUCCAUCUUCGUCUGGAAGAAGAAUCACCGUCGGUCUUCAUGGCCCUGCCUCCACUCACGCAGUGGCACUCCAUCCGUAGUCUCAGGAGAGAGCGCAGCUGAGAGAGGACAGCUGGCGGGACCUUCCAACAGAGACGUGGAAUGAGCGGCACCAUCGCCCAGGCAUGAAGACCACGGGCUCCCCAUCGUCAACACUACCAAGUCCCGAGUUGUUUUGUUACUCGCAGUUUUGUUGCGUCUUCUGCCUCAAUCUCGUGCCCAAAACGUCGGCAUGAGGGCAGGGCUAGCACUAUGGCAGUUGUGAAGUUGUUUUGGUAAUCGCUGUCAAUCUGAUCAAAGUACAUGAGAUCAAAAUAGUUUGAUAUUUACAAUCUGCAGUUUACUUGAACACCCUCACGGGCAGCAACAGCAGCAAGCAGUGACUUAUUUUGAGACGCGUGAUCAACCUAACCACUUUAGCGAUGUGCACAGAGACACGUUCCUCUGAAAAACGGGUCGGCUCUGCCGCUUGGGUUGAACCCACAGCGAGCCAGACCGAGUGUCUGCCGCUGAAAAUGCCGACCCCUCCAUGCCGACCCCCGACCCCCUGUGUUGUUGUGAGCUGGCAAGUGCGAUUACAUUUCCUGUGGCAGGGUCCAGUAUUUAUUACGCAAUGCUGCCGCUAGUUCUACAAUCCCGUGGUCCAUCCGGUGGCCAUAGCUAUGAUGGUGAUGAGUGAUGGCACCGAUCAAUGACGUGUGUAGGGUACUUUACAUGUGUGCUGAUCAAGUUUAGAUGCAUCGACUGAUGGAUUGAGACGGUUUUUUUCACUCCCAGUACUCGGCACCGUUCCCCACCUCUCCCCGUUCCCACUCCUCCCUCAAGACCCCCACCUCUUCCCCCUGGCCCCCAACCAUCCCUCAUCCAUCCAACCUCCCUCCCCGUACCCAUCCCUGUCCCCUUCCCCUCUUUCCCCUCCUCUCAAACGCCACCAAAAUCACCUUUAGCUAACCUCAUUGUAGCACGUCUAAACUGCCUUGGAUAUAAGCUACGAUUACCUUACCAUCCGUGUAUUCUAAUGUUGUAACGUUUGCACUGCAGCUGUUAGCAGUGUAAUAGAAUACACGAGCGAUUUCCCAAAUAAUAUUUUUUUGGAUGACAUUGACGAUUCAACCCCCCGUGAGUGUGUGGAGCCGUUUACUGAUUUCUACGAUGCUGCUACUGAUCAUAAACUGUUGUCAACCGUCUGUGCCUUGGAACUGCUAAAGUGUUGUACCAACUGGAUUGCCUUGAGCAACAAACCUCAGGGAAUUUUAUAUUCAAAGAGCACACGCAUUGUUUUGGAUACUAGCUAAUCUUUAGAGAUUUUUAAAAUCCCAUUUAUGUAUUUUUUUUUUCAAAUGAGGCCAGGCGGUGUUAACGUCUUAAAAUGGUUAACGAAUGCAAUAUAUUUAUCUACGUCAAACAUUGUCACGUGUCGCCUAAUAAACGUCGCUUGCUGUAAAACC